AUGGCAUGGGAUCCCCUCCGCUCAUGGCUUCCGGACAUCGCUGCUUUUCUCGCGCUUCUCCUCUCUGUCAUGGCAGCUUUCGGCUUCGUUCAAAGCUUCGGGGCGACCUCGGAGGCUGCGCAGCUCCGGGCCUGGGCGGCGUUGCCCUGGAAACCGGUGCCCUGCUCUGUGCAGGACCUGGGCGUGGCGUACCGGGGCACAUGCAGCCUCGACUCGGACCAGGAGAGAUACGAGGAGAAAGACUUUGCCGAGUGCCUGGGAGCCUCCGACGAUGCUCCUGGAGAAAGCCUCAAUCAAGUUAUCGACAGCGCCCGGUUCAACUCCACUCAAGGACUUUGCGGCCAACUCGCAUUUGCCUUGCAUCCUGGCCUGCCUGCAGUCAUGGCUUUGAGUGGUGCUGGCUCUGUGGCGUUCGCCAUCGCUCCCGCAGGCGCUCCCGCAGGCGCCACAGGCCGCAUGGGCCUGCCUGCCCAGGAGGCCAAGCCCGUGCCAGGAAAGAUCUCGCAAAGCUCCCUUCCAGUCGCCUGCGCUGGGUUGAUGGUCCCGGUGCUGGGUGCCGUCCGUCGCGGCAAGAAGAAGUCGAAGACAGCUAUGAAAGAUGCGACCUAUGCCUUCCAGAAGGAUGCCUACGCAGACCUGGAGUUCACCAAUGACGUGGGCUACUUGCCGGAUGGUACCCCGCUUAACAAGGCAGGAAAUGCCGUCAACCACCCGGAGACGAUUGGAGUGGACAGGCAUGUUGCUGGCUCCCCUCUACCCCGUGCCAAGUUCGUGAAUUCCGUGGGCUAUUUGCCAGAUGGGACUGCAAUGAAUGCUGCUGGCAAUGCUAUUAAUCACCCGGAGGCGAUGCAGCCAGACCAGCACAUAGCCGGUUCGCCGUUGCCUCCUUCAACCUACCUCGCAGACAUUGGCUACCUGGCGGAUGGCACACCUCUUGCCACGGCUGGCAACAACUCCGUCAAGGGCCCGCCACCUGCAGCUGCAGCCACAGCUGCGGCACCUCGCAUGGCUUCAUCGGCACCCCCGCCGGCAUCAACCCAGAUGAGCCAGGGAAUCGCCAUGCACGGCCGCAAGUUCGAGUACAGUUUCCAAAAGGAUGCUUAUGCUGACUUAGAGUUUUGCAAUGAUGUGGGGUACCUUCCAGACGGCACGGCGCUGAACCGUGCUGGGAAUGCCAUCAACCAUCCGGAGACCAUUGGACCGGACAGACAUGCUCCAGGAUCUCCGCUGCCCCGUGCCAACUUUGUGAACUCUGUCGGCUACCUCCCAGACGGUACGCCCCUCAAUCGCGCCGGCAACGCCAUCAACCACCCCGAGAGCAUUGGGCCGGACAUGCACGCGCCGGGCUCGCCAUUGCCGUCUUCAGUUUAUGCUGCCGACUUGGGCUACCUUGUUGACGGCACACCGAUGGACCGUGCGGGCAACCUUUCUGUUUCAACAUGA